AUGAAACUCACCAUCUGCUGCUGCUACUUUGCUCGCUGUCUCAAUUUGAUCAACUCAACCAUAUCACAUAUAAUGGCAGUGGGGGAAGACGGCAUGUUGGCAAGAAAAAAAAUUUUUCCAGAAGGUUUAACUGUUCAAAGUUUAGCACCAUUCGAGUUUUCAGAAAUGUGGAAGCUGAAAAUAGCGGAGGGAGGGAACCCAUGGUUGCGCAGUGUGAACGGUCAUGUUGGUAGGCAAAUCUGGGAGUAUGAUUCGAGCGCUGGGUCUCCAGAAGAGCUGGAGGAGAUCGAGAAGUUUCGUGAGCAAUUUCGUAGCCAGAGAUUUGAGAAAAAGCACUCCUCUGAUCUUCUCAUGAGAUUUCAAUUUUCAAAGGAGAACCAAAGCUUCUCACUGUUGCCCCAAGUUAAGGCUCAUGAUGGUCACUGGCCAGGAGAUUAUGGUGGUCCCUUGUUUCUAAUGCCUGGCUUGGUCAUUACCUUGUAUGUUACUGGGGCAUUAAAUGCUACUUUGUCAACAGAACACAAACGUGAGAUGUGCCGGUAUCUUUAUAAUCAUCAGAACAGAGAUGGUGGGUGGGGUUUACACAUAGAGGGCCCAAGCACCAUGUUCGGUUCUGUGUUGAAUUAUGUUACUCUGAGGUUGCUUGGGGAAGAAGUGAAUUAUGGAGAUGGUGCAAUGGAUAAAGGACAAAAGUGGAUUCUGGAUCAUGGCGGUGCCACUGCAAUUACUUCCUGGGGAAAAAUGUGGCUCUCAGUACUUGGAGUAUUCGAAUGGUCUGGAAACAAUCCUCUGCCACCUGAGAUAUGGCUUCUCCCUUAUAUCAUUCCAAUCCAUCCAGGAAGGAUGUGGUGUCACUGUCGAAUGGUUUAUCUGCCCAUGUCGUACCUAUAUGGGAAGAGGUUUGUUGGUCCAAUUACACCAAUAGUUCUGUCGUUGAGAAAGGAGCUAUACACAAUCCCAUAUCAUGAAAUAGACUGGAAUUUAGCACGGAACCAAUGUGCAAAGGAAGAUCUAUACUAUCCACACCCUUUUAUACAGGAUAUUCUGUGGGCAUCUCUUGAUAAGCUUUUGGAACCUAUUUUCAUGCAUUGGCCCGGGAAAAAGUUAAGAGAGAAAGCUCUUCGUACCGUAAUAGAGCACAUACAUUAUGAAGAUGAAAAUACCCGCUAUCUAUGCAUAGGCCCCGUAAACAAGGUGUUAAAUAUGAUUUGCUGUUGGGUGGAAGAUCCAAAUUCUGAAGCUUUUAAAUUGCAUCUCCCAAGAGUCAAUGAUUACCUGUGGCUCGCUGAAGAUGGCAUGAAAAUGCAGGGCUAUAAUGGAAGUCAAUUAUGGGACACUGCCUUCGCUGUUCAAGCCAUCAUUUCAACAAAGCUUGGGGAAGACUUUGGUACAACUUUAAGAAAAGCACAUACUUACAUAAAAAAUUCACAGGUUUUAGAGGAUUGCCCAGGCGAUCUUAGUUUUUGGUAUCGUCACAUUUCGAAAGGUGCUUGGCCCUUUUCAACAGCAGACCACGGAUGGCCCAUUUCAGAUUGCACAGCAGAGGGUUUGAAAGCGGUUCUCCUAUUAUCGAAAUUACCUACUGAAAUUGUUGGUGAACCGCUCGAUGCCAGACGGUUGUAUGAUGCUGUAAAUGUCAUCCUUUCAUUACAGAACGAUGGAGGUGGCUUUGCAACUUAUGAACUUACAAGAUCCUAUGGUUGGUUGGAGCUUGUCAACCCUGCUGAAACUUUUGGCGACAUUGUCAUUGAUUAUCCCUAUGUUGAAUGUACCUCGGCGGCUAUUCAAGCUUUGGCAGCUUUUAAGAAAUUAUACCCUGGGCACCGAAGAGAAGAGGUGGAACGUUGUAUUGAAAAAGCUGCUAAAUUCAUUGAAAAGAUACAAGCGAUGGAUGGUUCUUGGUAUGGCUCUUGGGGUGUUUGCUAUACUUAUGGGACAUGGUUUGGGAUAUUAGGUCUGUUCUUUGCUGGACGAAACUUCAGCAAUUGCUCUAGCAUCCGUAAAGCUUGUGAUUUUCUGUUGUCUAAACAGCUUCCUUCUGGUGGUUGGGGAGAGAGCUAUCUUUCAUGUCAGAACAAGGUCUAUUCAAAUAUUGAAGGCAACAGGUCUCAUGUGGUAAAUACAGCAUGGGCUAUGUUGGCUCUCAUUGCUGCUGGGCAGAAACCCUGUGCCAUGUUAUGGGUUGCAAAACGUGGCCGACAUUAUCAAGUGCUUAUUUUGUAG